UGGUCGAGUCUUGUUGAAUUUGAUUGAUAACUUGAUAUUGUUUUGUGCGUUGAUAAGAUUAUGGUCGAGUUCCCUUAGAAUUGCGAAUUAUGAGAGGAAAUUCAGUUUUCCUUUUUGGGUUAGGGUUAGGGUUAGGUGUAGGUUUAGGUCUGAAUCGGGACGGGGGAUAUCUUGAAUUUUGAUCGGAAUUGUUUAUGGAGGAUUACUUACUGUUUUUGGGAAAAGAAUUUGAAAAUGGGAAACUUUAGCGGCUUAGCGGAAUUAUUGCGAUGAUGAUAGAUCAACUUUCUCCAUCCAGCGUUUAUGCUUUUCUGAUUAGCCAGACCCAUGUGAAAGAAAAAGUUUUUUUUUUAUGGUAAUUGACUCGAGUUCUCUGUCUUGGUUGGUUUUUUAGAUGCUUAUGAAUAAGUUUUGCUCCAUGUUCCAUGUUGAUAUAAAGUUGUUUCUUACUAUCAAAAAGUGAUCUAUUAUCAAUUCUGGAUGAGUAUGGUUGAUGCUCUAAUUUUACUUUUAUCGGCUUGUGUUCUUGAGAAAUCAUGUCGUGCUUUUGUUUGUCCCGUUUAAAAGAUUUGGUAUGCAGGAGAUUGUUGAAUGUUUUAUAAGAUAAUCUGUUUAAACAUGUUGAUUCGUCCACAAUAUCUUUGUUCCUUUUCCUUGCUGUUCUUGUUUGAAUUGUUGGUUGGUCGUGAUUGCGUAGCUAUACAUCGAUAUUUUCUUGAAUUUGACUGGCACCUUCUCUUUGGGAUGUAAAUGCAGGUUCUAGGACACUUUGGCUGCUUUGUGGAUUAAGGAAAGUAGUUCAUUAGUUCAUGCAAAAUUUGGUUUCCUUCAAUUCAAGUUUCUCGAGGAUUACUUGUUCGUUCGGUAAUGUUUGCUUCAUCGGUGGUUGGAUUUGAUCAAGCAUUUUAACAAGUGGUCUUCAUCGUAAAGUAAAUUAAACUCUCAGUGAGAAAGUAGAUUUCCAACCGGCUGCCAUUGAAGUUGCUCUCAAUUUGCUUACAAGGCGCAUUACAAAAUGACUGGCGUAAAGAGAAAAAGAUGUGCAGAGUCAGAUGCUCAUGCUCUUCACAAAGAACUCGACGAGGUUUCAUGUCCUAUUUGCAUGGAUCACCCACAUAAUGCUGUUCUACUGCUAUGCAGCUCACAUGACAGAGGUUGCAGGCCUUACAUUUGCGACACGAGUCGUCGACAUUCAAAUUGCCUGGACGGGGUUAAGAAAUCACAGUCUGAAUCUUCAGACGCUGCCACUGAAAGAUCAGAUUUCAGCUUCUCAGAUUUUUUUGACCGUGUUUUUAGCCCUUUGAGGAGAAUCCUGGAUUCGGAAGCGGAAGGUAGAUUGGAGAUUGGGGAUUCUGUCUCGUUGGAACGAGAGCGGUCGGAGGAAGAGAGCCAGAGGACAAAUCUGAAGUGUCCAUUCUGUCGUGGUUCGGUUUUAGGAUGGAAGGUCGUAGAAGAGGUGAGAAAUUAUCUCGACUUGAAGAGCCGGAGUUGCUCCCGGGCGUCAUGCUCUUUUACGGGGAAUUACCAAGAAUUGAGGCGACAUGCCAGGAGGGUUCACCCGACAACACAGCCUUCGGACAUCAACCCAUCAAGGGAGAGAGAAUGGAGACGACUCGAGCAUCAAACAGAGUACGAGGAUAUAGUCAGUUCCGUUCGUUCAGACAUGCCCGGUGCCGUUAUUGUUGGAGACUACGUCAUGGAAAAUGGGGAUGCGUUCUCGACCAAUGGCAAUACCGGUACAAGUUGGUCACGUUGGUGGACGAGCACUGUGUCUUUGUUUGAGAUGAUGGGGUCGGUUGACAGUGAAGGUUUUAGUGUCGGCCAUGGCGGAAGCAGAUCCCGAGCCAAUAGACGAUCAGUACGGAGGGAUUAUGCGGAAAGGCGAAACCUUCGGUGGGUCAAUCAGAUGGGUUUACAAGAUGAACAUGACAACAAUGGCGAUGAUGAAGAUUAUGCAGGCCCUGUUCCAAGAUGGUUUCGAAGUGAUGGUCGGGCUCGAUAAUCAAAUCGCGUGUUUUCCGGUAAAGUUUCAACCUUUUUUGCGUAGAAUCGAUCGGUUUUUUCCUCGGUAUCAUCACUUGCCAACCGCAGUUUUUUCUUCCUGGUCACAUCUGUGUUACAUUACGGACAAAGGGUGGUGUGCUGGUGGCUCUUUCUCUUGAAGAAGCUGUUCGAAACUUACGUCUCUGGUCGGAGCCGAAAGAGUUGGAUGCAAGAAAUUGGGUUUCUACUAACUAUGGAGUGAACGGUCCGGUUUGGUUUAAUUAGUUACGGUUAAUUUAGGUUCAUUUAUUACAGAUUUUGAAAUCAUGAACAGUUAAAUUUAUUCAGUUCCAUUCA